AGCUGAUCGACCGAGACGCGAGAAUUUGUGGCUUUCAAGAACUGGACGAAAAAUUCCGCGAGUUCCUCAAAACCGAUUGCUUUCUUCUCCGGCGGAACUGCGUGAACCUGAAGAAAGUCUUUCUCCGGUUGUUUCACAGAAGCCGGCACGUGGAACGGGAAUUGCAGUGUCUGGCAACGUAUCCUGUGCAAAAGUAUCGUACUCGUAUGAAUUGCAGGUAUGCAUGACAACUCUGGUUUCCUACCCAAAUCUGCAUUACAAAUUCCAUUUUUUAUUUUUUUCCUAAUAAAAUUUGUCAUGCGAUUUGUACUAGUACGAUACUUUUGCAAUGCAUACAACGUUUUUCUUCUCCGACGUGGAACUGGUGACGAGCAGGAGGCUUAUAUCUUCGCAGCUAGAACAACCUGCUGGUGUAGUUCUGGUAGCCGCGGCCGCGCCGAAACUACACGACCGAGAAGAAGGUGGUCAACAUAAGGUUUCUAGUACUGCAAGUGAAACAACUUCUGAAGCAGGUGCUCAAGAUGUUGAGCACGAGGACAAGAAAAACUGCUCGCCCGAAGAAGAAGAAGAUGAAGAACAGGCACUGAUCUGGGAGCAUUCGCAUCGGUACAGAGAGAUCGCGGAGGGGUUUCAGUCCGCGAGGGGCGCCACGCGGGCACUCGCGGCGUUCCGGGAGCUGACCAAGGCGAUUUGUUGCAUUCACAGGAGUCCGACGCUGGAAGCCGCGGGGGAGGAAGUGGCAAAAGAGAAAGACGAGGAGGAUGAACAUUUAGC